GCAUGAUAUAACCGUAUAAAAAGUCGUCCAUCUUCAAGCGAAAUCGUCUCCGUGACGAUGUCCACGACGUAAAGAGAGGAAACUGACGAGCUCCUGACAGCUGACGUUAACGUCACCGCGUAUGCGAGCUAACUUAUCUGACUCGAUAUCUGAACGUAACCGGUUAUCACAUUACUCUCUAACCAGUUUCCGCAAACCUGCUGUCUUAACCUGACACGUGAAAUAAGAAGCGUUAUAGUUGAAUGUUCGGUUUUUUUUUUUCAGCCUAAGUAGGUCCAUCACCAGUCGGCGUCGCCAUGGGGAAUAUAUUUGCAACCAUCUUUCAGAAUUUGUUUGGGAAGAAGGAGAUGAGGAUCCUUAUGGUGGGUUUGGAUGCCGCUGGAAAGACGACUAUUUUGUACAAGCUGAAACUCGGAGAGAUUGUGACGACCAUUCCCACAAUAGGUUUCAAUGUAGAGACUGUGGAAUACAGGAACAUCAGUUUCACAGUUUGGGAUGUUGGUGGUCAAGACAAAAUUCGACCGCUGUGGCGUCAUUACUUCCAGAAUACACAGGGUCUCAUAUUUGUCGUGGACAGCAACGACCGAGAGCGAUGUCAGGAGGCUCGCGAAGAGCUCGCAAGAAUGUUGUCAGAGGACGAGUUGCGUGACGCCGUGCUAUUAGUGUUUGCCAACAAACAAGACCUUCCAAAUGCCAUGAAUGCAGCAGAACUCACAGACAAGUUGGGUCUUCACAGCCUACGCCAGAGAAACUGGUACAUCCAGGCCACCUGUGCCACCACCGGGGACGGCCUGUACGAAGGACUGGAUUGGUUGUCUACUCAGCUGAAAAAAAAUUAAUAAUCAUCGACUAUCCACCCAAUCUCAGACCACGCUCUCUAGUCUUAAAGUUAAAACUGAGUUCCCCUCUCCAAAAAGCAGAAGUGGCAGUUGCCCUUACCUCAGCAGUUAUUGUCAUAAACAUACAGGCCAGUGGUGGGGAUGAUCUAUUCUUGUCAAGCUGUCAGGUUUUAUUUUAUGUAACUGUAAAUAUUUUUGGUAAUGGGGCAGCUUAUUGCACUCUACAGAUCCUGUUGUGGUUCUUUCUCUUUCGGGCUGAGGGGCAGCCGCGUGUGCGUUUAAUAAGAAAAGGGAGGUGAGGAAUAAGAAUUUUCCAGCAUGACGGCCCAGGACCUCAAUGCAAUCCGAUGACUUAUUAUCUGGUCACACGUACUGUAGCGGGUGAUGGGCUUUUAAUAAUAAUAAAAAAAACUGACUUAAACACUGAUGCGCUACUUGCAGCCACUGUGGUUACUUUAAUAAGUGACUGCAUGUACCAGCCCCUCCUCCCCCACCCCAAUUACCAUUCAGUAAACACAGGGCUCUUUGUACUUCCCUUUUUUCCCAAGUUAAAGUCCUGUCUGAACACUUACCAGCCUUUUGUUAUACAGGAAGUGGAAUUGAGAAAUGCUGCAACAAUCUCACGUCUACCUGCUUCAUGGUUGUUUGAAAUCCGGUAUGUCGGGACGGCGUUGGGUUUUUGUAUUUGAGUCUCAGGUUUAUCAUGUGCUGCCUUUGCAAUAUACUUGUUAGCAAAACUGCAUGAUUUGGUCUUUCGGGUCGUGCAUAUUCACUGGGUGUUUACAUCAUCAGGCUGCACAGGAACCAUUAUUUCCACAGCCCCAUCCUGUAACUUGUGUGUACUGUGUUCGGUAAUUGUACCUAAAGAAGUUGCACACUACAAUGGCCCUUCUGUCUUCACUCGAGGAACAUUCAUGCCGUUUUCUUUAAUUAAAAAAAAAAUCCAAAUCUGAGAAGUGGUGUUUUGGGUGGCGUUACAAAAUCAUUUUCAGCUACAUGUCUAACGAAGCGCCGGUAUUUGUUCCUUUGCGGCGCGUGGUGUUUGGGGUUAACGAGAAGCCAAACAUACCUUUGAAAAGGUGUGGGUGUUUGCUCUGAACAUGUCUUAAGGGUGCAUCAAACUUUCUUUCUUUUUUGAUUUAUAACUGCCUAAAAUUGUGAGAACUAUGUUAAUCUCUUAAGUGUGUAUUUGUGUGUCUUUUUUAUGUAAAGAUUUGGUUUUGUGAGGAAAAAGCACUAAUUAAAGUGACUGGAUAAUUUUUUUUCCUGCAACUGAUUUUCAUUUUUACACUAUGCAAUAAAACUGCUGAAUGUUAAGAUGUGUAAUGUAGCUUUGAUCUAUUUUGUAAAAUUACAUUGAAAAUGUGCAUCUUUGCUAUAAAAAACAAAAAAGCAG